UCCGUACCUCCAUUUCCGCUCAUGUUCAUUGCUGUUAGUUUCCCGGUGGAGUAAUGGAGCAGGACUGAAUGGCGGACAGACGGUAGUGUGUGUUGUUGGGGUAAAAUGAGUUCUCAGCAGUUUCCCCGGGCGCCUUUGCCUCCUGCAGUAGUGGGACAAGGCCCAGUACCACCUGGCAACAGCAGCCUCAUUCCUGGGGGCCAACCAGGUGGAGAAGAAGGCAACAGAGAUGCAGACCACACUCAGGACUCUCUCACUAGUGGUGGUGGGACUGGAUCGAGUAUGCAGUACCGGGACGAUAAGCAGGAGACAGUGGUGGUUAGGCCCUAUCCUCAAGUACAGACUUUGAGUCAACCACCAGCUUUGGCACAGCACAUGUCUAUCCAGACAAGUUCUACAGUAGCUGCACCACCAGCUCAUCUAGCGAUGGGCCAGCAGCCUGCCUUUACUGACGGAGCGAUCAAGGCUGGUCUAAAAUCUACUAUGCCCAGUCGACUAAUUGCCCCAGCUCCAGCUGUUAGUCAGGGGCAUCUUUCUGGCUCCGCAAAAGUGCCCAGUCAUAUUACUGUUACCCUGGAAAGCAGUAUGGCUCCAGCCUCCAUCCCUGUGGCAACCAUCAGUGGUCAGCAGGGACAGAGUAAUCUGCACCACCUGAUGGCAACCAACCUGCAGAUCAUCAGGGGCAGCCCACCUGCGCUUCAGAUCAGUUCUUCUACUGCUCCUCCUCACACGUUCACCUCCCACCUACCCAGAGGUGCAGCUGCAGCAGCAGUAAUGUCGAGCACUAAAGGCCCUACUGUUUUGAGACCUGCAUGUGGAGCAAAUGCAGCACCGGGUCAACCGGGUGCUGUACAGCACAUUAUCCAGCAGUCCAUUCCGUCUCGACCUGCAGCCACCACUUCGACUGCUGUGCUGCCCACUGUGGUUGCCCCCAUUUCAACAGCCAGAACCCAGUCUCCUAUUAUAAGCUCUCCAGUGCAGACACACACGGAGAUGUAUGGGCGGACAGGGCUUACAAUCCACCCUUCUUCAACUAUCAGUAUCCAGAGGCCUCCAACACCGAGAGAUCCAGGCGCACGCAUCACAUUGCCUUCCCAUCCAGCCAUGGGAGCUCAAAAGGCCCAGACUGCACACACCAUAACUCAGAAACCUAUAUUCAGCACUGUGACUCCUGUUGCUGCGGCAACUGUUGCCCCCAUCUUAGCUACCAAUACUGUCCCAUCAGCUACAACAACAGGUUCUGCACCUCACACCCAGAUGAGCAGCAGUACAAUAGUCACCAUGACAAUGGCUUCCCACUCUUCACAUGCCACAGCUGUAACCAGCUCUGCCAUACCUGUUGCAAAAGUGGUUCCUCAACCAAUUGCUCACACUUCCCCUCGGAUCCAAACUGAAUAUACUGGGGAAAGAACAAACCUUAUUCCCAUCUCUGGCCAUCGCUCCUCUCCAAACCCUGUCACUAUGGAGCCUCGCAGUGAUAAUAGACCCACUGUGCCUGUCCAAUUCCAGUACUUUUUACCUACGAACCCACCAUAUGGCUAUCCGCUCACCCAUACCUAUACACCGAUCACUAGCUCUGUUUCUACCAUCCGGCCCUAUCCAGUCACAGCCCCGGCUCCAAGCUCUGCAAUUCCUGCUCAAGCUGGUGUGGGCGUAGCCACCACUGUCCAUUUAAACCCCAUGCAGCUGAUGGCCGUAGACCGCAUUGGCCUGCAGUCAGCUCAAAUCAGUACUCAAAAUAUCCAGCCAGCUUCCAUGACUGCACCAAUCGGAGUACAGGGCUUGCAUGCCACUGCACCAAUCAGUACACAGGGUAUUCAGCAGACACCAGUCGUCACACAACAGCCACAGCCCGAAGCAAAACCAUCAGGUGUAGUUCUGGCUGAGAGCACUGCGUUCGUGACCAACCCAAUUGGCAGUACAUUCAGUGCUUCACAGCCUAUAACCACAGUAGUACAGACACACCCCCAGGGGACAAGCACAGGUGCACCCACACUAGUCUCUUCACCCAGACCUAGCAUCCUGCGCAAGAAACCUGUGAAUGAGGGGGCUGUGCGUAAAACUUUGAUCCCAGCGCAGCCAAGUGAGCCUAGUUCUGCAAGAGUGGAUAGUGGCGUGCGACUGGCUGGAUCACCACGACCUGCGGGAGUGAAGCCCAAACCUGAUAUUCAUGUCGCUAUGACACCUCCAGUAAUGGCCACUGUGGAGGCCCUGCCUACACAUGGUGGAGAACAGCAGCCCCUCUCAGCUCCAGCUCAGCACCUAUCGCAGGCCAUUCCUGCUCUUCUUGCCUCACCCAUGCCAACUCCUCCUUCUCAGUCUGCGGCAGUCCUGUCUGCCCUCCCCGCAGCCAUGGCUGUAACCCCUCCUGUUCCUGCCUCUAUGGCCAAUGCCGUAUCUUCUCCAACUCAACCAGCUGCCAGUAGCACUGCAGCGCUUAGCUCCGCCCUUUCAGAGGUCAAAGUAAAACAGGAGGUGGAGUCUAUGGACACAUCACAGCCAGCUCUUUCCAUCCCCUCUUCGACAGCCCCAGCCUCUGUCUUCUCCUCCCAGGCCUCCGGCCUCACAGUGCCUACUCAGCCUGUAGACCUUCUACCUGGCGCCUCCCCACGCAAGAAACCACGCAAACAGCAGCAUGUUAUCUCCAAUGAGGAGGGUGAAAUGAUGGAGACCAACAGCACAGACGAAGAGAGGGCCAGCAGCAGAACUCCUGGGAGCAAAGUAGAGAGACCAGAGUCCCCUCCUAGGGAAUAUGUGGACGAAGAGGGUGUACGGUAUGUGCCCGUACGUCCCAGACCACCAAUAACUCUCCUGCGUCAUUACCGAAACCCCUGGAAAGCUGCAUACCAUCAUUUCCAGAGAUACAGUGACAUCCGUGUUAAAGAGGAGAAAAAGAAUUCUCUCCAAGACGUGGCCAAUCAGAGGGGGGUUGCAUGCCGUGCCCAAGGCUGGAAGGUGCACUUGUGUGCUGCACAGCUUAAGCAGCUGACAAGCCUAGAGCAUGACGUGUACAGCCGUCUCACCUCUCUGCAAGAGGGACUCAUCCCGAAGAAAAGAGCAGGAGCUGAUGAUGACCUGCACCGCAUCAAUGAGCUCAUCCAGGGUAACAUGCAGCGCUGUAAGCUAGUGAUGGAUCAAGUGACUGAGGCAAGAGACACCAUGAUGAAAGUUCUGGACCAUAAAGACAGAGUCCUCAAGUUACUCAACAAAAACGGCACAGUCAAGAAGAGCUCGAAGUUAAAGCGCAAAGAGCGGACCUAGACAAGCUAGGGUUUAUCAUUCUCCUUCAUCUCUCUCUCGCUCUCUCGCUCUCUCUUUUUUUUUUUUUUUUUUUUUAUCUCUGUUUAUGCACCUGCAAGGUCAAAUGAAAAUAUUUCGGUUCAGUGUUUGGACCAUGUCAUGGUUUUUCAGGUUGCUGUGCACAAUCACACAUGAUCUAAAUAUACAUCACGCUAUCUGUAUUUGUCUGAGCAAAGAAAGGAGGUUGCAUCACUGGGCCCUCUGUCUGUCUCAACCAAUUAAAACUCCACAGGAACUGCUGCUCAUUGAGGCUGUAUGUCUCCGUAGGUUAGGAUUAAACAACCGACUAGUCUUAGAGUAUUUUUGAACAGUAAGUUGCCUUACAUUUUCGUUUUCUUCAUAGACUUUUUGUGUUGGUCAUAGAGAUCUAUUGAAGCUCGCACAUGCUUUUUCUUCAUCACGUCAUGAAGCGAUAAAUCGUGACUCCUAGACGACGUACCUCCUUUAAUUAUGAUCUUUACAAAGCCGACUGAAGGAAAGUGUGUACAGGUAUAAAGCUUGGUAUGCAGCACACACCGACACACUAGAGCACAGUGUGUAUACAAUCCAAGUUUCAGUGCCUUCUAUCAUGAGUGUAGCUGUGGGAUUUGUUUGUUUGCAUUCAACACACUCAAGGAAGCAUUUUCAGAUCAGUUCUAAAAAAAUACCCAAAUUUCAUAUUCUACAGUAUAUUUCUGCCUCACUGAUCCCCAAUUGUCAGCAUUUAUUUUAGAUUUAGUUUAUCAUCAAAAAAGCGGAUAUGCUUAAAAAGGUCUGAAGUGCAUUUGAGGACAACACAGAGUGUGUACUUGAAUGAAACAGUAUAAUUGUGUAAUAAGAAUGUGUGGAUAAUUUUACAUUUUCAACCUCAGAAGAAGAAAGUUGUAUAAUUAUGAUUGACUUGCUGUUUACUGUAAGUCUGUUUUUGUGUUUAAGGCUGGUUUUGUUAUUGUGGCUCUUCUUUUACAAAUAUAAAGUGAAUGUUGUGGUUAUAACUUAGAGUAAGGAAUAAUUUUGACUCUUUUGUACAUUUUGCUUUCCUCUUUUGUUAUCUGUAUACUGUGUGUUAUUGCAGUAAAAGAAAAUGUAUGUAAAA